AUGAAGCUCUAUCAGACUGGCUUCUAUACAAAAUAUUGGUGGUUCACCUCCAGUAUUGAAUCCACUUGUGAUAUGAGCAAAUUAAAUGAUAAGAAAAUUCUCACAUAUGCUCUUACAGAACUUGAUUACAUUGAAAAAGAUCUCUGGAAGAUUUACUGUAAAAAUAACUUAUUAAAAAAUAACUGGAAUGAUCUCAAGAAAUUUCUAUAUGUGAGGCUAGAAGAUCCAGCAAACUCAGCUCUUGAAAAGAAUGCCUUGCAUGUGAAGUCUAUCAAUCCAGUUGGAAGUGCUUACAGAGAUAUAAAGACUAAUAACUCAAGACUGUAA